UCGUUUCUUUCUGCAACGAUGGCCGGAGCUACUACGCUGUGCCGGACAGAGCUUGUCAAACGGAUCAGCAACUUUCGCGCCAAAAAUCAGACGCUGGUUAUUUUCAAUCGAAUCGUGCGCGCCUCCGCAUCGAAAGAACAAUUUUCUACAACAAUGCCUGAACAAAAGUGUGUACUCAAGUUUGCUAAACUUACCGAGCACGCGUUUGCUCCGACGAAAGGUUCCGCCAAAGCGGCCGGAUAUGAUCUGAGAAGUGCCUAUGAUUAUACCGUUCCCGGUCGCGGCAAACAACUCGUGAUGACCGACAUCCAGGUACAGGUGCCCGAAGGAUGCUACGGACGGGUAGCGCCACGUUCUGGACUGGCAGUGAAAAAUUUCAUCGAUGUAGGAGCCGGCGUCGUUGAUGAGGAUUACCGUGGUAAUGUUGGCGUCGUGCUGUUUAAUCAUUCAGAGGCAGACUUUGAUGUAAAGAAAGGUGAUCGGAUCGCACAGUUCAUUUGCGAGAAGAUUGCUUAUCCGGACCUAGAGGAACUGCCGUCACUAAAUGACACGGAGCGUGGAGCGGGCGGUUUCGGAUCGACCGGCACCAACUAA